AUGCCUGUUGUCUUGCUGCCAUCGUCGGCAGCCGCCUUCGCGCCGCGGUCCUCGCCGAACGUGGUGUUAAACUCUCGGAUCGAACCAUGGCUCACAGCAACCCUGAAGCGGGUCAACCGGGUUAAACGACCUCUCAACAAUGUGUCGCAACAUACGAGAUGCCUAACCGAAACGCUCUCUUCGCCAAACGCUAUCUGGACGCUCUGUUCGAUGAUGUUUCCCAAGGCUCCCGAGUCGGAGCUGAGGAAGGACGAGAACCCUCUAGUAGAGGCACUAUUCAACUACCAGAUGAUUCACAUGGAAGCAUACGUGGUGCAUGUUGAUAUGGUGUCUCAGAACGAGGUUGCGUUCAAGCUGACGCCAGAGACGAUCGAGGCGCUCGUUGAUUACCACAAGGAUGUCUACUCGGUCGACGCCGCCGCCAGCACCUGGGACUGGUCUGAGAAGGAUAAUCAGCUAAAGAAGCUACAGGAGGAAUUUGUCCAGGCAGCCAACAAAUUUGUUUUCCGCGCCGACGUCCAGGCCCUUGAGGGCUUGGAGGAAGACGGUGCAGGUGAGCUGCUUGGUGGUAGGAGUGAGACUGCGAAGACGGCCAUCUCGUCCCUUUUCGUCCCUCUGCUCCCGCCGCCUCCUCGUGUGGUUGAUGUUCUUCGAUCGACACCUUUGCUCCCUAGCUCGACGGGACCUGAAACGUGGUGGCAUGACCCGAUGCAGCAGCCGGUGACCAUGGAGUCAUGGAAAGUGCUACCAUCCAGCCCGGCGCCAGUCACGACGGUCACAUCUGGGGAUGUAAACCCUGGGAUGUGGGCCGGACUGGGCGCCUUGCCUGAGAUGCAGAUAGCCUCUCCAUCCCCAUCGCCGGCUUAUACACAAGCAUACACCACAUCUCCCUACAACACCUUGCAGUACUACAGCGCCGCAGCCACGUCGGCUGCCCUUGCAGUGCUCCCUCUUCCGAGUAUGCUCGUCCAGCCCUGUAGCACAGCGGCGAACAUGACGAGCUUCGGAUGGGGAGAUCGUUACCAGGAUUUUGCGCUGCCGUACGGGACAACGAUGUAA